CCCGAGAUGUUAGAGGCGCGCCGGGCGGCCGCGGAGCAGACUCGGGGCUGCGAGUUGCGAGCUCCGCUCUCCGGCCAUGGCCCCCGCUCCGCCCCCCGCCGCCUCCUUCUCACCCGCCGAAGUCCAGCGGCGCCUGGCGGCCGGCGACUGUUGGGUCCGCCGCGGGGCGCGCCUCUACGACCUCACCGGCUUCGUGCGGCACCACCCGGGGGGCGAGCAGCUGCUGCGGGCACGGGCCGGUCAAGACGUUAGCGCCGACCUGGACGGACCCCCGCACCGGCACUCGGCCAACGCACGCCGCUGGCUGGAGCAGUACUACGUGGGAGAGCUGCGAGACGACCUGCAGGAGCCCGUGGAGAAUGGGGCCGCAGCCUCUGCAGAAACUCCGAAGAUGGACCCUGAGAUGGAACCGAGGCUCAAAGUGGUGGACUGGGACAAGGACCUGGUAGACUGGAAGAAGCCCCUCCUGUGGCAGGUGGGCCAGCUGGGAGAGAAGUACCACGAGUGGGUCCACCAGCCAGUGAGCAGGCCCAUCCGCCUCUUCCAGUCCGACUUCAUGGAGAGCCUAUCCAAGACAGUCUGGUACAGUGUCCCCAUCACCUGGGUGCCCCUGGUGCUGUACCUGAGCUGGUCCUACUACGGAAUCUUCACCCAGGGAAACGUCCGGCUCUUCAAGUCGCUCACAUCAGAGUACCCCGUGGUGGUGCGUGAAUCCAUGUUCCCUGGCCUCUUUGUGCUGGGGAUGUUUCUCUGGAGCCUCAUUGAAUACUUCAUCCACCGCUUCCUGUUCCACAUGAAGCCCUCUGGCAACAGUUAUUACCUCAUCAUGCUACACUUCGCAAUUCACGGCCAGCACCACAAGGCACCCUUCGACGGCUCCCGACUGGUCUUCCCGCCGGUGCCCGCCUCUCUGAUAAUCGGCUUCGCCUAUGUAUUGGUGCGGCUCAUCCUGCCGGAGGCUGUGGGGGGCACGAUAUUUGCAGGGGGCCUCCUGGGCUACGUCCUCUACGACAUGAUCCAUUACUACCUGCACUUUGGCUCGCCACACAAGGGCUCCUACCUGUACAGCAUGAAGGCCCACCACGUGAAGCACCACUUCGCCCACCAGCAGUCAGGCUUCGGCAUCAGCACUAAACUGUGGGAUCACUUGUUCCGCACCAUGGCCCCAGAAGAACAGCGGCUGAAGACCCAGUGAGCUCCUGUGCCAUCCUUCCCGCCCUCGCCCUGCAGCCCCUCCACCCACACCAGCUCUGCAGAGCCAGCUCGGUGGACGGUGCCGGGGUCUCUCCAGGCAGGACUGUCCCCCUGGCCCACCAUGGGAGGGUCACGUCUCUCCCAGGGCAGCCUGGCCUCUCCACCACUGUCCCUGCUCCAGCCUCAGCCCACAGGACUGCUUCAGGGCACAGCCAGUGGCCCCCAGGGGCAUGAAGGAAACUGACCCCUGGGGCCGAGGGUGUGCCCACCUGUGCCUUAGCCCCUGGGCUUCCCCCAGGAGCCGCCUUGUCACAAAUAGCUGCUGUAAUGGGCAUGUGCGGUCUGGGCCCUGUUGUACCCUCUCCAGUUCUGGCAAGGGUUUGGUGGUUCUGAGGUGAAUGAAAGGCUCUCUCAAGACAGGACAGCAUGACACCUCCCACAGGCCACCCCCAGACCCCAGCGUGGCCCCUCAGCUGCCACCUGCCAUUCUCAGCUGGCCACCCUUACCUGCCUGGGCAGGAGCUUGAGGGUAGUUGGCACCAGCCCAAGGCUGGCAGGAACCCUAACCCUGUCUUGGGGACAUGCCAGCUAUUACAGCCACCUCUCCCCUGCCCCAGAAGCACAGAAUUUCUCCCCAAGGGAGGCUGCAGAUGCCGGUCCUUUGGUGGGAGCCGGUCCUUUGGUGGGAGCCGCUCCUAGGCCCAGGAAGUCUUGGUCCGCACCUGGCACGGUGGGCAGCGCAUCCUCUCAGCACCUCCUAGCAAGUGCCUCCUCCAGCCCCAGGAAGCCUUUGUGCCUUGGCUCCAUCCCCCACCCCAGGCUGCGGUCAGAUGAGCCCUGCCCUUCCUAUAACCAACACCCUUGUGUUCUGAGGGUCUUAUUUAUAAACAACACAAACAUCCUUAGCCAGGCCCCAGGACCAAGGAGCUGGCCGGACGGCUCUUUCUAAUCCUAUGUGUGGAGCUUAUGUAAAAAGAAAAAAACAUUCUGCCCUGGUUUUAGUGCCCUUCUUACCCACACACCACUACUACUUGAAACUUAAAAACUUACUGAGUGGAAAGGCUGAAGAAAAGCAGUUUGAUCGAUCCUGUGAUUUGUACUGUUUACUGCGGGCUAUUUAAAGAUUUUGGAAUAAAUAUAAAAAACUACACUUGUGAAAUACGGAUGUAAAUGAAUUGUAUAUUUUGAAAAAUAAAACAUUGAAAUCAACAAA